AUGCAGCCCCCACUGGAGAACAAGUCCAGUCUCUUAGUAUUUACACUCUCUGGUCUGAAUGAAACAAUGGAAAACAGAUUUGUGUUUUUUUCUUUCACUGCACUGUUUUAUCCCCUAAUGGUGUUUUGUAAUGUAACUGUAAUUUUCACUAUAACACUACAUAAUAAGCUUCAUGAGCCAAUGUAUGUGUUUAUAUGUAAUCUGUGUAUAAAUGGACUUUUUGGCACUUCUGGAUUCUACCCUAAAUUCAUGUAUGAUUUACUAUCCCAUGAUCAUGUAAUUUCUUAUACUGGAUGUCUGAUUCAAAUAUUUGUAAUUUAUUCAUCUGCUUUGUGUGACUUUUCAACAUUAACAGUGAUGGCAUAUGACAGGUAUUUGGCAAUAUGUAGACCACUGGAGUAUCAUUCAAUAAUGACCAGUCAAAUGGUUCUUAAAUGCAUCCUUUUCUGCUGGCUGGCCCCAUUUUCUUGUAUGUCUGUUUUAAUUAUUUUAAUAUCUAGACUCACUUUAUGUGGCUCUACUAUUGAAAAGUUAUACUGUGAGAUUUGGGCAGUUGCAAAACUUUCUUGUUUUUCUACAACAGUAAAUAAUGUGUUUGGAUACAUUGUUAUUCUUACAUAUUUUGGGCAUUCAGUAUUGAUUUUUUGCUCAUACAUUCACUUGAUUAGAAAGUGCAUGAAGUCAAUAGAGGUCAGGCACAAAUUCAUGCAAACAUGUGUGCCACAUCUGCUUUCAUUGAUCAAUGUCACAUUUGCAUUGCUGUUUGAUGUACUGUACAGUCGUUAUGGCUCAAAGAAUGUGCCUCAAAGUGUACGUAAUUUUAUGGCUCUUGAAUUCUUACUCGUACCACCAAUUUUAAAUCCACUUAUUUAUGGACUAAAUCUGACAACAGUACGCCAGCAAGUUAUGAGAAUGUUUUUCAAGAAACAAGUGGGAAUAUCUGAGUGAACAUUUUAUCAAGUUAAAAAAAAAAAAAAAAAAAAAAACCUUAUGCUUUCUAGAAUGAUUGUGACCUUUUUUAAAGAAUAAUCUUUUGAAAUAUUUAUUGAGAACAUAAUGAGACAAAAAGCCACAAGAGGUUGCACGUUAUAAUGAUUUCACCAUGAUUAAGUGGUAUUUUUAGUUAAAUGCCCCUUAAUCAUAAAAUGGAGUAGAUGGAUCUAAACCCCCUUAGCCACUAUAAA